GAAAGAAGCGAACAAAGGCUUCUAAUGUAAAAAAUGAGAAGCGAUUUGCUUCAAAUUUAUUUGAGUUAUCAGCUCAAAUUGCUCAAGUCGUAGAACCAUUGGCUCAAAUUGAAGAAGUUUCAGAAAAUUGUAAAUACAAAUAUUUUUAA